UGACGUGUAGCUAGGGCAACGAGGAAGUAGAUGGUGGCUGUUUGACUAAUGCAGUGAGUUUAUCCAGUGGCAUGUCUACUGAACACUGGAAAUACUGCAAAAAGAGACUAUAGCGCGACAGACACACAGAGAAGCAUGGGUAAACGAAGAGCGCCUGAGCUGUACAGAGCACCAUUCCCUCUGUAUACUGUUAACAUUGACCCCAAGACUGGUCUGAUCAUCACUGCAGGAGGAGGCGGGGCGUCCAAGACCGGGAUCAAGAAUGGAGUGCAUUUCCUGAGUUUGGAGCUGGUCAGUGGUAAGCACAGUGCCACCUUGCUGCACACUCAUGACACGGACACACGAGCCACCAUGAACAUGUCUCUGGGUGGUGAUGUGAUCGCUGCAGGGCAAGAUGGUAACUGCAGCUUGAUGAAGUUUGGACAACGUGCACCCAAGCAGACGAAAAGUCCUGCUGAUAAAGAUGGUGCUGGAGAAAAGAGUGCAGCCAGGAGGAGAAGAGGGAAAGGGCAAAAUAAAGAUGGAGGAGCAGGAGGAGAUGCAGCUGAGAUGGAGGAGACUCCUCAGAUCUCAGUGGAGGAUGUGGAUGUGGUACAGGCAGAUUUCAGUGCUCAGGACCCGUGUGUGAAGUGUGUGCGCUUCAGCUCUGACCUCACACUUCUGCUUAGCGGAGGGGCAGAUGGCUACAUCAGAGUGUGGGAGUUCCCCGCCUUGAAAGAGAAGCUGAACUUCAAAGCACACAAAGAUGAACUGGAGGAUAUAGACCUCAGUCCUGAUAAAAAGCACAUUGUAACAGUAGGCCGUGAUUUUGAGUGUAGCGUGUGGAGUGGCGAUCAACUGGUCGUGGGUUUGUGUUGGCAUGAAAACAUGCCUCAGAUCACCGAGAAGAUGUACCGCUAUAAGUACUGCAGGUUUGCAAAGGUAGAGGAUCAAAAAGACGCUUUAAGACUCUAUACAGUCCAGAUCCCUCACAAACGAGACCGCAAACCCCCACCAUGCUACAUCACUAAAUGGGAUGGACGAUCAUUCCUACCGUUACUCACGAAGCCAUGUGGAAAUGAAGUAAUAUCCUGUCUGACUGUGAGUGAUUCUGGAACAUUUCUUGGUCUGGGAACUGUGACUGGAUCUGUGGCCAUCUACAUAGCAUUUUCCCUGCAGAGACUAUACUAUAUUCAGGAGUCUCAUGGCAUUGUUGUCACAGAUCUAACGUUCCUGCCUGAUGCUCCUAAGAGUAAAGCCAUAAAGGGGGAAAAUGAAGUUGUUAUGUUAAGUGUCGCUGUGGACAGUCGCUGUCAGAUGCAUGCAGUGCCCAACCGAAGAUCCUUCCCGUUAUGGCUGGUGCUGUGCUUGUGUGGUCUGAUGGUAGUGGCAGUGAUUCUGCUGCUGCAGUCUCUAUUCCCUGGAUUCAUUUAGAGUACAGAAGGAACCAUCACCUGAGCUUAAUAUUUACAUACUAAAAUGACUUAAAAACAAACUUGAACCUAUGAAAUUUGUCUGUAUUUAGCGCCAGGUUUUAAGUAAUGUAUCAUGUCUGGAGGGUGAAUUUGAAUUCUUAUGAAUUUGAUUGGAUGUCAUGUUUGGGCAUGACCUGAAGAUGGAGCAAAAAUCAUGAAAUCCUAAAGAGCUGCUUUUCCUCUUCAGUGAGCUAAUUGCUUCAUGAUCAUUGGAAAACUGGAUGAAAACAUGAAUGCAUAAAUGACGAUGUUCUGAGGAUAUCAACUGCUGCACCAGCAUGUGUCGAGAAAUGUCUUUUAAUGUCAUGGAGAAAAAAAUAUAUAUCCAGGAAAGUUCAACAGUGGAUUAUUUUAAAUAUUUAAAACCAUGUACAAAUAUAAAUAUACA